AUGGAUAGAAAUCAGCAAAGCAUAAAUCUUCAGACUCCGACAAGGUUUCAUUCUUCUAAGAAAUUACAUACACCUCCAAGUGCUGGGUCUACAACACCAAGACACACACCGGGGAAGUUUUUAAGAGCUAUUUCAGGUAAAGUGUUUCGCAAAUCAAUCGAUGGAAAACAUAUUGAAGAACCAGGUGCUCCAGGUCAAUUUGUACCAAAUGAAGCAAAACCAAUUAUGGCAAAGAGAUCAAAGCUACCAAAACCAUUGGUAUUGGGAUCUCCUAUGUCAAUGCCACCUAGUGCUAAGAAAUUCUCUCAUAUAUCAUUGAAAUCAGAGAAUGAUGUAGUGAUGCAACAAUUACAAUCACCUAUUGGAUUUUCACCAAAACUUCCACCUUCAAUGAAGUCAGCAAAAUCAAAUCGCAGAAAUUUAACCAAUACACUAUUGAUCGAGUCCUUAUCUCAACUUUCUGAAUUACCUCAGAAUAAAGAAGAUGGUAUAGUAAUAUGGGCAGAUGACGAUGACGAUUACGACGAUGGACAAGAUAUUUUGUCGCCAUUGUAUUAUAAAAAGAAUAAUCAACGAAAAAGAAUCACUAGUUCAAUGGGUUUGAAAAAAUAUAUUGGAGAAAAUUGUGUCAUUUGUGAAGAGAAAGUAAGUAACAGUUUUAAAGGUGAAAAGAUAAUCGAACUUGAUUGUGGACAUGCAAGUCAUUACAAAUGCUACUACAUGGCUAUGGAAAUGUUAUACGGAACAGAUGAAUUGCCAGAGUGUGAUAUCUGUUUGCAAGAAGCCAGACCAAGUGAUAAAGAGACCCUCAUUGAUAUUGAAUCUCAGAUUCUAAGGAGGACUCAAGAAGAAAAAGAAAAUGACGUGAAGCUGGAGGUGGAUGAUAAAUGUGAUGGUACAACUAUUGCGCAAUGGAUUCCAUUACAUUCUGCAAGAGGCUAUGGCGGUCGCGGUGACAGAUUAUCAUUAGUGACACCAUUGGAACAAAUAGUUCUCCCUGCACAAGUGGGUUCAGACGGGUUUAAGACACCUAUUAUACAAACAGAAGCGCAAGAGUUAUCCCUUAUGUCAGGAAAUGUAUUUAUUGAUGAAUUUGAUAACGAUCAAAUAUACCAAGAGAUUCUAAAGCUAACAGAGGAGAUAGAUAGUGGAACUUACGAUGGAAGCAGUGUAUUCGAUGUCAAUAUUGGAAAUCCUAUUGUUACUUUAGAGAACCUAAAUAAAAACGGUGAUGACAAUUGCAGUAUAUCAAAGCACAUAAUGAAAGUGGAGGUUGAAAUCCCAACAGAUGACGCUGCAACCAUGCCAUUAAAGACCAAGAACCCCGAACUUGUUGCCAACGAUAAUGCGAAAGAGGAAAAUAUUAAAGCAUCUCUAACUGAACAUACAUGUGCACAAUAUUCAUGUCUUCAAAAUUUCACUAUAGAAAAUCCUGAGUCUCAUUUAUUGAUGUUUGACGAAGUUUCAUAUUCAUUAGAAGGGGAACAUUGGUUUGAAAAAACUGCACUAUUUUAUUUUGAUGGAGUAUUAAUCAUAAUAAACAAAUCCAAGGAUAACAUAUGUGGUAAGAUUCCAACAGAUCAAAUUUCUUCAAUAACAAAAUUGAAUGAGAAACCGGGUUUAUUGAUCUGUUUGAAGAGUACAACUUUACCUGAAAUAUAUUUACAAUUUAAUGACCAUUGUGGUAGCGAUAAUAUGCUUUUGAACAAAUGGGAAUACUAUUUAUCACAUUUAGAGGAGAAACCACCAUUAUAUUGUGAUUGUAUCAGUAACACAAUGUUUAAUACAUUACCAAAAGUUUUGAAGAAAGAGAUAACAACAUUAGAUUUGGAGUCUACUUUAACAUUACCUUGGGAAAGGUCAAACCAUGAAACACCUUGUCGAGUUAUUCUUUGCCUGGGUUUAUCCCCAACAUCCGAAGUUGAGGCGGAAGGUGGUAGUUAUUUGGAACAACUUUGUAAUACAAUCAACGCUGUACGUCAAUCCCUUAAUCAAAAUGACCUCCUCGGGAUAGUUCUUGCUGGUAAAAAUGGUGCUGGUGUUGCGGAUUCAAUGUCUGGCACAUUUGUUGGUACUAUGCCCGUGAAUUGGUCAGGUUGGGAAGAUGUAAUUGAUGAUAUAACGACAGUUACUCCAGGUCUAUUUCUAACUCCAGAGAGAGAAAGAAUCGCAAUGCUUACAACUUGUUGUCGGUUGGCUAGUACUGUUAUUGAGAAUAACCCUGAGAGACCGGAAUAUUCAAAUCGUGUUAUAUUAAUUCAAGAAAUACCGACUUUUGAAGACUUAGGGUCUGCGCGAAUUGCAGAGAAGUAUGAAAUGCGUCUAGAGACCGCUUAUAACUUUGAAGUCCUUACAGUUCCCUGGGAAGGAGAAAAAACUACUAAACUUCUGGAACAACAGAUUCAAGAUUGUCACUCAAGAAAUAUGUACAACUUAACUGUAAAAUUUGGUUCCACAACAGAAAGUUUACAAUUAAAUUACGGUAUUAUGGGAGCUGGUUCAAGAAAGAUCGUGGAACACUCUUGCGACGAUUCUCCUACACAGGAGACAUUACGUUCCCGCGUAUGCGACGUGACUUGGUACGACAUUAAACUCAGAGAACAGGUGUCUAGAAGCGUUCCAGUUAACUAUAAAUAA